AUGGUUCCUAAACCCACCGUUUUGACACUCCUGACAAUUUUGUUGCCGGUAUGCAGUGCGUACAGGGAUGGCAUAAAGUCAGAUAUUGGUUUAACUCCUGUCGAAAUGAUCGAAAAUCACGGUUACGACUGUGAGACCCACUAUAUAACAACAGAAGAUGGCUACAUUGUGACAUACUAUCGGAUUCUAACUUCAUCCAACUCGACAAAGCCCACGAUCCUAGUAUUACAUGGAUUAUUCUCGUCGUCUGCUGACUUCGUCAACACUGGUAACAAGAGCCUAGCGUUCAUUCUGGCAGAUGAUGGUUACGACGUCUGGCUUGGUAACGCUAGAGGGAACGCUUGGUCCAGAAAUCAUACAACUCUAGACGUAAAAAACGACUCGAAAAAAUUUUUCGAUUUUAGUUGGCACGAAAUUGGGUACUACGACCUUCCGAGUGCUAUUGACUACAUACUAGAAACAACACGUGAAGACAGUCUGAUGUACGUGGGGCACUCGCAAGGUACUACAUCAUUUUUCGUCCUAGGAAGUACCAGACCAGAAUACAACAAAAAAAUUAAACUUGCGCAUUUAUUGGCUCCAGCUGGAGUUAUGGAAAACUGUCCUAAUCAAAUGCUAAUCAAUCUGUCCAAACGUAUUGACCAAUUUGCGAAAAUUCUGAAGCAGAUGAAAAUAUACGAAGUACCAUUAACCGAAGUUGUGCAAAUCAUAGGGUCCCAGAUGUGUACUCACCAGCAAUUACAUUUAAUUUGUGAUUUUCUUUUUAAUCAGUUGCCUAUGAUAGCAAUAGACGCCAUAGACAAGGACGUACUUCGUGUAAUUACAACCAACUUUCCUUCGAAUGCAGCGAUCAAGCAGGUGAUGCAUUAUGGACAAUCAAUUAAAAACGCUAGAUUUGCCCAAUAUGAUUAUGGUCCUACUAAGAAUAUGAAAAAAUAUGGUUCCGAGGAACCACCGAUUUACGAUUUUAGCAAAAUUACAGCACCAGUAGCUUUUUACUACGCAGACAGCGACGGAUUAAUCUCUGUUGAGGAUUCAAAAAUAAUGAUCAGUCGACUACCCAAUGUUGUACUUGACUAUUUAGUGCCUAGACCUGGAUUCACGCACGAUAAACACCACUCUGGUACCACACAGAUCAGAGUCUACUUCACCACCAUGGCGCUUUUUUCUAUCCUCCUAACGUUAUGUCUUCUGAGCAUUCACCAAGUCCUCAGCGACAAAUCCGAUAUAGGUCUCAAUCCGGGUGAAAUGGUCGCAAAUCACGGUUACCCAUCAGAAACUCACGAAAUAACAACAGACGAUGGCUACAUUAUAACAUUGUAUAGAAUACCUCACGGAAUCAACGACGAUGGUACCGCCAAAAGACCUCCAGUUUUGCUAAUGCAUGGUUUCAGUGCCUGUUCUGGCGAAUUCGUGUCGCUAGGUCCCGAGCGUGGCUUAGGGUAUAUUCUAGCAGACGCAGGGUACGACGUAUGGCUUGCAAAUGCACGUGGUACUGCUCACUCGAGAAAGCACAUAAGUAUCGAUCCAGAUCUUAACCCAGAACAGUUUUUCAAUUUCACGUGGCACGAAAUAGCGAUUUAUGAUGUAGCCAAUUCGAUCGACUAUAUUUUAGAAGUAAACGGAGAUGAGAGUGUGUAUUACGUGGGGCACUCGCAGGGUACUACCGUUUUCCUUGUUCUCGCAUCAACCAUACCUGAAUACAACAACAAGAUCAAACUUGCAAACUUGAUGGCACCAGCAGCUAUUAUUAAACACUAUCCCAAUACUUUCAUUCAAGGAAUUUGUAAGUACGUGGAUCGUGUAUGGGAUCUUCUUCAAAAGUAUAGGAUAUACGAGAUUCCUUUGGUUGGGACGAUAAGGGAUACGGUGACUACUCUUUGUGUUAACUACCCGGAUGAGGAAUCCGAUCCACUAUGUGCGUUCAUACAUGAUUCGAUGCUUUCAAGGAUCGAUGAGGCGGAUGUACCUGUAGUCGUAUCAAACUGUCCUUCCGGUGCCGGUUUGAAACAAUACGUACACUAUGGGCAGCUGGUUCGAGAUGGAGGAUUUCGUCAAUGGAAUUAUGGAACUGAAAAAAAUUUAGAAGUUUAUGGUACUGAAAAUCCCCCUGAUUAUGAUUUGUCACUAAUUACGACACCGGUUGCCUUUUAUUACGCAAAAAAUGACGGUUUGAUUACUGUCGAGGAUGAAAAUACUCUAGCUGCCAUGGUUCCAAAUGUUGCUAUCAACUAUAUGGUACCAGAUGACUCCUUCUCACAUGGUGCUUUUGCGAUGGCUGAUGAUGUUGUUGAGCUGGUAUACAAUGAACUACUAGAUAUCAUGUCACAGUAUUAA